AUGUCAGCCCGCACUGUACCCCGAAUCGCAGCUCGUACUGCACCACGCACCCUCGCGCUCACCUGGACGCUUCCUCGCUUUGCCCUCGCUUCAGCCACGAAAGGUUGCCUCCAUCUUGCCCUUGCCUCAACCCUUCCCGUUCCCCGAUUAUUCUCUUCUACUCGCCUCGGUCUAUCGAAAGACGAAACGUGGCGAUCCAAAGGAGUAGUAAAAUACUCUGAACUCAAACCCGAAACUUGCUCCCCUUCUGGCGAGAUAACGAUCAUCGACGUCCGAGAAGCCAACGAAGUAGCCCAAGGAAUCAUCCCUUCCGCUGUCAACGUUCCCCUUUCUCAGUUUCAAAAAGCAUUUACUGGUUCAGGUGGAGACUUUGUCAAAGAGUAUGCUUUCAACCGACCUAAAUACGACGAUAAGAUCAUCUUCUACUGCAGAUCAGGCAAGAGAAGUCAACAGGCAUCAGAGUUUGCGCAGAAGCAGGGAUGGUGGAAUGUAAGGAAUUACGAGGGGAGCUGGUUGGAUUGGGUUCAACAAGAGGAGGCUCGGGGACAGGCUAGUAAGAUUAAGGAGGAUGAGGAUUGA